AUGGAGUACUGGAGGCAGUGUGCGACUUGGCUGAUCGGUUGCAAAGUGCUGCCAGCAAACCAUCGCGUAACUGCGGACACGGCGCAGGUGUUCGACUUGGCGCAAACCCUGCGGGACGGGGUGCUGCUCUGCCAACUGCUGAACAAUCUGAGACCUCACACCAUCAACCUGAAGGAGAUCAACCUCAGGCCACAGAUGUCACAGUUCCUGUGUUUGAAGAACAUCCGGACAUUCCUGACGUCUUGCUGUGAGGUGUUUGGGAUGAAGAAAAGUGACUUAUUUGAAGCCUUUGAUCUCUUCGAUGUUCGAGACUUUGGAAAGGUUGUGGACACUCUAUCCAAGCUCUCUUACACAUCAACUGCACAGCAAGGAGGAUUCAAGCCAUUUCCAACAGAGGAGAGCCUAAAAGACGAGGACAUUUACAAUAAUCUGGAAGACUUGAUCGACGAGAAUGUCCCCGAGGACGAGGACGAAUUGUAUGCAGCAGUCUACGGGCUGGAAGAAGACUACGCAGGCGGAGAGAUCUAUGAAGACCUCAUGAGAACCGAGCAGCAUCCCCCUUUGAAGCAGGCAGAGGUAGAUGUUCGAAGCUGCUGCCUUUCAGAGAUCAAACAGACGGAGGAGAAAUACACUGAGACCCUGGAGUCCAUCGAAAAGUAUUUCCUGAAUCCUCUUAAAAAGUUCUUCUCUGCAGCCGAAAUUGACAAAGUUUUCGUCAACAUUCCAGACUUGGUUAAAGUUCACAAGAGCCUGAUGGUCGAUGUUCAGGAUUCCAUCUUAAAUAAAAAUGCCUUAAAUCUCUACCAGAUCUUUAUCAUCUACAAAGAGAGACUGCUCAUUUAUGGGAUAUACUGCAGUCGUGUGGAAAUAGCCAUCGCUGUUUUAGACCUCAUUUGCAAAGAGAAAGAAGAUGUUCGUCUGAAGCUGGAGGAGUGCUCCAAGAGGGCCAACAAUGGGAAGUUUACACUGAGGGACCUGCUGGUCGUCCCGAUGCAGAGAGUCCUCAAAUACCAUCUGCUUCUUCAGGAACUAGUCAAACACACUCACGAUUCUGCCGACAAGAGCAACUUGAAGAUCGCUCUCGAUGCCAUGAAAGACCUGGCUCAGUAUGUCAACGAAGUGAAGAGAGAUAAUGAGACUCUGAGGGAGAUCGACCAGUACCAGAGGUCUAUUGAAAACCUGAACCAGCCUCUAAUCAGCUUCGGUCGGCCAAAAGGAGACGGAGAGGUGCGCAUGAUCUCCAGCGUUGACAAGAGGAAACAAGACAGACACAUCUUUUUAUUUGACGUGGCUGUCAUUGUUUGCAAGAGACGCGGAGACAUCUACGAGAUGAAGGACAUACUUGACCUCAACUACUUCAAGAUCACCAACAACCCGACCUCUGACCGAGAGGGUAAAAAGUGGUGUUACGGGUUCUACGUGACUCACCACCAGGGGCACACGGGCUUUGAACUCUUUUUCAAGACCAGAGAGCUGAAGAAGAAAUGGCUGGAUCAGUUUGAAAUGGCUAUAUCAAAUAUCCGACCAGAGAAGGCCAACCACAACUCCCACCAGUUCAAGAUGCACACUUUUGAAAGGAUCACUUCCUGUAGCUUCUGUCACCUCUUGCUCAGGGGCAUCUUUAACCAGGGUUAUCUCUGUGUGAAAUGUGGGCUGGGUGCCCAUAAGGAGUGCCUGGGCCGACUGGGAGUCUGUGGGAGAACAGACCCAGGUCAAUUUCAGUAUAGAUGUAUUUGUAUUCCCUGUCUGCUAGGUUUACCCAGGAUGGUUGUGAUCAGAGACUACAGUGGCAUCCCCUGUCCCCAGCGCGGGCCCCCACUAAGCAUUCACGCGGGGGAUGUCAUUGAACUGAUGUUUGCCGACCUGCACAGCUCCUGGUGGCAGGGCAGAAUUCUGGCAACAAGCAAGAUUGGCUUCUUUCCAAGUGAUGCUGUGAGGCCUUGCCCGUGUGUUCCAAAACCUGUCGAUUACUCGGCCCAGCUCUGGUUUGCAGGGCCUAUGGAGAGAUACCAGGCCGAGGUGGAGCUCCUGGACCGAGGAAACAGCACCUAUCUGGUUCGACACAGGAGUAAAGAGUGCACAGAAUACGCUAUCAGUAUAAAGUUCAACGAUAAAGUCAAGCACAUUAAAAUUCUGACCAAGGAUGGCUGCUUUUACAUCGCUGAGAGCCGGCUGUUCAAGACUGUGCUGGACCUGGUGGAGUACUACAAGCAACACUCUUUAAAAGAGGGUUUCAGCAGUCUUGACACCACUCUGCAGGUCCCCUAUAGGGAACCAGCUCACCAGGCUUGGCAGAGAGGUCCCAGCUUCUCUGUCUCAGUGUUUUCUCCCAGGGUGGUGGGUAUUGCAGUGGCACGCUAUGACUUCAGCUCCAGAGACACACGAGAGCUCUCCCUGCUGCAGGGAGACCUUAUCAAGAUCUACACCAAGAUGUCCAACGGGUGGUGGAAGGGAGAGGUCGAUGGCAGGGUGGGCUGGUUUCCAUCCACUUAUGUGGAAGAGGAGGACUGAGUUUGCUGUUUGAAUGACGUCCAUUCUGCGUCCACUCAAAGCUGACCACCUCCAGUGAGCGCCAUGCUGCUCAGCCACUCUCUGUGCCCUGCAAGUCAGAUGUCUUUGAUAAAAAUCCAGAGACUCUGGCUUAAGAGGAAGGCGCAGUGCCCUCAAAAACCUUCUCCUGUCCUCUGACAGACUCUCACACAGAGCAGAUGUCAAAUCACAGAUUCCAGGAGCGUCACACCAUAUCUUCCCUCUCUGCGGCCCUGUCUG